GAUUGGAGCUGCUUUGCAUAUUCAUGGAUCACGGAGCCUGUGUUCUGACAACCCUGUUUACUAACGUGUGAGGCUUAUUAAAUUCAAGGGCCCCCAGAUAGUCUGCUGGUCUGGAUGGUGCUGGGAACUAAAGAUUAUGAGACGGUAUAACUUGGAAAAGAUAUCAAAGGAGAGAAAGAUGAGAACCCACCAGGCGCUCGCCUUCCUCCUGCUCUUCGUGAUUGCCUCCGGGGCCUCUGAGAACGCCAGCACGUCCCGGGGCUGCGGGCUGGACCUUCUCCCUCAGUACGUGUCCCUGUGCGACCUGGACACCAUCUGGGGCAUCGUGGUGGAGGCGGUGGCCGGGGCGGGCGCCCUGAUCACGCUGCUUCUGAUGCUUAUCCUGCUGGUGCGGCUGCCGUUCAUCAAGGACAAGGAGAAAAAGGACCCCGUGGGCCUCCACUUCCUCUUCCUCCUGGGGACCCUGGGCCUCUUUGGGCUGACCUUCGCCUUUAUCAUCCGGGAGGACGAGACCAUCUGCUCGGUCCGCCGGUUCCUCUGGGGCGUCCUCUUUGCACUCUGCUUCUCCUGCCUGCUGAGCCAGGCGUGGCGAGUGAGAAGGCUGGUGCGCCAUGGCAAGAGCCCCUCGGGCUGGCAGCUGCUGGGCAUGGCCCUGUGCCUGAUGCUGGUGCAGGUCAUCAUCGCCAUCGAGUGGCUGGUGCUGACCGUGCUCCGAGACGCAAAGCCGGCCUGUGCCUACGAGCCCAUGGACUUCGCGAUGGCCCUCAUCUACGACAUGGUACUGCUGGUGGCCACCCUGGGGCUGGCCUUUUUCUCGCUGUGUGGCAAGUUCAAGAAGUGGAAGCAGAACGGAGUCUGCAUCCUGGUCACGGCCUUCCUGUCCGUGCUCAUCUGGGUGGCUUGGAUGACCAUGUACCUCUUUGGCAACGCCGAGCUACAACAGGGAGAUGCCUGGGGCGACCCCACCUUGGCCAUCACGCUGGUGGCCAGUGGCUGGGUCUUUGUCAUCUUCCACGCCAUCCCGGAGAUCCACUGCACCAUUCUGCCGGCCCCGCAGGAAAACACGCCCAACUACUUCGACACGUCACAGCCAAGGAUGCGGGAGACGGCGUUUGAGGAAGAUGUGCAGCUGCCGCGGACCUACAUGGAGAACAAAGCCUUCUCAAUGGAUGAACACAAUGCAGCUCUCCGAACUGCAGGAUUUCGCAAUGGCAGCUUGGGAAACAGACCCAGCGCUCCGUUCAGAAGCAACGUGUAUCAGCCAACUGAGAUGGCCGUUGUGCUCAAUGGGGGGACUAUCCCAACCGCUCCGCCAAGUUACACUGGAAGACACCUCUGGUGAAAGACUUUUAAGUUCCAGAGAAUAAGAGUCUCUCUUACCGAUUUUAUUCCCUGGUCGUGUCUUUCUUGAGGGAGAAAUCAGUAACAGUAGCUGAACAAGGCCGCCUCGCAGCCAGGAGAUUUGGAAAUCCUAGACAAGGGGAUUUCGUGUAAAUGUGAACACUGCUGAACUGAAAAGCUAACACCAACUGCCCUCCCUGCCCCUGCCACACACACACACACACACACAUACACACACGUAAUACCAAACCAACCUCAAACCCUGCAAACUAAAGCAAAGCUAAUUGCAAAUAGGAUUAGGCUCACUCGAAAAUGUGGCUGGGAAGACUGUUUCAUCCUCUGGGGUUAAGAGCAGAACCGCGUUCACAGCCAGCAGGCCAGGCCGGUGUUGGCUGAGCACAGACAGCCCCACACCAUCGCCCCUCGCCAGCAAGUGCUGGACCCCAGGUGGCCUCUUGGAGACUGUCAUUUCACUGAGGAAGGCGAAUAGGGGCUUCCCCACUGGCCUGCCUGUGGGUUUUCACAUUUCAGGGGGGUCAGGAGCAGUGGAGGAGAUUGUGGGUAUGAUUCCGAGGCCCAGCCCAACUGCAUCCGGGGAAGAGCUUUAUGAGCAGUGAUGGAGGAAGCCUGGCCUGUGCCAAAGAAGAGAAGGCAGUCUGGGAGUUGAAGGGACCGUCACACUUAGAAAGUAGCACCCAGCCUUUGUUCCUUCUCUGGGCCACGUGCUCUGGCAUCACUGCCAGGGAGCAAGCCUGCCUGCCUCCAAGGGGCAGUUUCCGACUGGAGCAGCCGUCGCUCCCCUGAUCACCCCUCCAUCUUCCCACCUCGUGAGUGUUCCUCCAGCCCUUCCCCACCUCUCCCACCACGUCCAUUUCAAAAGCUCACGUGGAGCCACCAGCUCAGAGCCCCGUGGCUUGGCCAGGGGGCAGAUGCCGGGGUGGAUUUUCCACUAUGCUGUCACACGGCAGGGGUACCCCAGGGUGGAGAGGCCAUGCCGGCUGCCUAGCAAGCAGUGAGUUCUUGGGACUUCUCUGCGGACGUAGUGAAAGCUCCAGGGUUGGGUGGAGCACAUGAGGGUUUCUUGCUGCUUUGGGAGGGCCUGAGGGACAUUUUUGUCUCAGUUUUCUGCAAGUUCCAUGAAAAUGGUUCUCUUCCAAGCCAUUGUUUCUGUCAUGGUUUCCAUCUGUCCUAAGCAAGUCAUUCCUUUAUUUGGCAUUUCAGACAUCUCGGCCAUUAAAAGCCCCAUGUUCUCUGCACUGUUUGGCCAGCAUAAUCGCAGGCAAUGAUUCAAAGCAAAGAGUUUUAACCUGACGGCACGGAAUGUAUAAAUGAGGGUGGGUCUUUUUGCAUAUACUCUAGUCACUGUAUUGCUUUUUUUUUUCUCUAUAAAACAACCCAUAAGCCUUUAACCUUUACAGAAAAUGAAAAAGGUUAGUGUUUGGGGGGAAACUGACCUCUUCAAAAGCCAAUAUGUCUGAGCUGAGUAUGUUUUAAUAAACCUUCUGAUUUUUCUUGAGGCCCUAGUCUGCUGUGUCCCAUCCUCGCUCUCCCAUGUCCCCAUCCUUGCAGAACACCCGGGUAGGGAGGCCGAUCUGGCCCCCUUGUGGCUCUCCUCCAAGGUAGCCCAUUUCUACGUGUUGCCAGCAUGGGGAAGAGGGGGCAUACCCGACUUGGGGAAGUCAGAUCCGGGACCUCUGUGCCAGGAAGGCCCCCGGGGGGACUACCACGGGGAGUAUUGGGGUGGAGGGGGAAAGCUAAGACCUGGGCUGGGGUUGGGGAUGUGGGCGGAUGCAUGUGGAUCUGGAAUUCUGAAAAUCACAGAAAUCUCCGAACACCUCGGUCCAGUCCGGUGAAAAGCGGCCGCGUUACACGUUCUCGUGCCAGGAAACAGUGGCUCACCCCCGCUCCCUGGAGUCCUUCGGAGCUCUCUGAUCCCAUCAGGGACUCAGGCUGCAAAAGCACCCCCCGCCCCUUGCAGAGCGGAGAACUCACACGAUCAUGCUCUAAGUUCUGGGUAGUCUAAGCGUGCAUGGUGAACACAGCAGAGAUGGCUGCAAGCGGAAAGCAAUGUUUCACCACUGCAAAAAUAGAACUGGCUUUGAGCCACAGGAAACCUCACUUAAUGAGACCUUUUUCUUUUCAAGUUUCUGAUAGUUUUUUGCGCUUCUGGGUUUUAUUUUGGCUUUAAGGUCAAGAGGGAGCUGAGUGCUCUCCCAGCAGAGGUGGGUGGGAGGCAGGGAGUGAGGGGGAGGGCAGUAAACUGUUCUCUUUCUAAGGACUUCACCUGAAGGGUAGAAGAGACAUCUUUGCCAAGAGACUGUGGCAGCCCCCGCCCCCACUGAGUGAAGUUUAAAUACAAAAUUAAAUGGCACCGCUGUUUCAGAUCUGUUGUAAACAAGACGCUAGGGGAGAAUGACCAGGAAGGAGAGCUUCUGUGAUCAAAACACCUCAUUGUAAGCACAAGUCUUUCCAGAUCCAGUUAUCAAAAUCACUUUGGGACUGUAACAGCCACUCUUUCUCCCCUUUAAUAGGAAAUGGUUAUUCUGUGCUGGAUUCCUCCCCUGGAGAUGGAAGCAGGGAGGGAGAGAGGGAAUGACAGACUGGGAAGUUCUGCGUGUCUCAAGGGUUGCAGAUUUGGUUGUUGCAAGCUGGGGAUCCGUUGUUUUAGCACAGUUUCUGUCAGGGUCCAGGAAGCAUGGGCGAAGUGGGGGUGGUCUUCCUGGUGGGGCAAGGCCGAGUUGAACCCUGAACCAGAAGGGAGCAUUGUGGCUUUUAUAAUCCAAUGAUGCAAUGAUUAUACCAGCUUACAGGAGUUCCCAGCAGGUGCUUUUUAUUAAUUGAUAAAGAGCUAAGGCUCGUUUUUGAUAGAUAAUAUAUAUUUAUUAAAUGUAUUAAUGUGUGUUUUAUAAUGUACCUUUAUCCUCCCCUGGCUGACUGUUGCAUACUUUAAAAAAACAUCGUUAAAGAAAUUUCAAGACAAUCAACAUGUAUCAUAAAUGACUGUAUAUAAUAAAUAUUACAGAUUUAAAAGGUUGUAAAGCAUGGGCAGAUAGGUUUUAUUUUCAAAAUGCUGUUCUUAACACAAAAAAUAAAGGCUUUACUAUUUACUUAA